AUGCAGCAUGCGGCGCUCUCCGUUCCAAUCUCCGCGCGCCGCCACCUCCGCCGACUCUCGCCGCGCUGCCCGUCGUCCCGCAACACGCCUCUCUCUCGCCUCUCGCGCGCGGUCUCACCGUUCCUGCGCUCGUCGUUCCACCGUGCCCUCCCACCCGCGCGACAUGGGCGCUACCGCAGGCAGUAUCGGCGCGCGCGCUGCAGAGCUUCCCCGCGCGGGGAGCGGGGCUCGGCGCCGUGCGCCACAUGGCGUGACGCUCGGGGCUGUCCGCGCCGCCCCCGCCUGAGGUGGUGGUGGAGUAUGACGACGAUGACACGGAUGCUCGUGACCGAUUCAUCGCCGUUGCUGACUACUUGGCCCACCUUCUCCUUCCCCAACUUGCCACGGUUACCUUCUCACCUCACCCUGCGCUUUUCUGCCAUUUGUGUGCGCUUUUCUCCCCUCACCCGCUGUGAUGCACUGCUGGGCGUGCAGAGGAGCGCUUCCCCGCCAUCAUGGUCACGGGCAAUCCCGAGGGCUCCCAGGCCAGGUGCGCCAUGGGGCGCAGGGUGGGGGGGGGGGGCAUGGGCGCAGCGGGGGUAUGGGCGCAGGGGGGGCAUGGGGCGCAGGGGGGGGAUGGGACAGUGGGAAGCAGAGAUCAUCGUUGCCAAGGCACAGGGCUGUGCCAUGCAAGCAGGUGGGCUGCGUGGGUCGUUUGAGGUCUCCUUUGGCCACUCCCUGCUCUUCUCCCGCCUUCAGCUGGAGCGCCUGCCGUCCCCGGAGGAGCUAGAGGGCCCGCUGGAGCCGCUGCUGGGUGAUGCGCAACCUGAGCGCCCUCGUCCUACAGCCGCUAAUCAAGCCGCACAUGCUAGAGCUUCACCUCGGCCCGUUAUGCCAACGUCUUCACCGUCCAGUAGUGAUCGUACUGUUAGUGCCAAUGGCACUCCCCUGCAACACCCCUCACUUCCGAGAGUCGUUAUCCCAGUUUUCCCGCAGUCAAGUCGUCCUCAAGGCAUGAAGAAGAGAGUCCUGGAUGCCGCGCCUCCCUCACCUCGUCAUAGGAUGACCAAGCGGACCCGGCAUGCGUUUACCGCUAAGGAGAAGCUUCACUGGCUGGCCAUGCUGGAUUCUCAACCAGAUCUCAGCAUCCGCGGCUUGGCGAGGCUCGCCAAGGUGCAGCCGAAGCAGAUCCGCGAGUGGAAGAGGCUUAAGGAGCGCCUCGAAGUCUCCGCUGGAUGUCGCCGCCGGCUUCACGGUGGCGGACGGAAGGCGAAGUGGCCCGCGAUGGAAAGGGCAGUGUACCGCCAGUUCCUUGCGCACCGUGCCAAGGGGUUGGCGGUUCCGCUGAGCUUGCUCCAGGAUGGUCCCCUCCCCAACCCGUUCUACGAAGACCCUGCAGACGCCCCUGAGCCCGCAGCCACCGAGGGGGAGGAGGAGGAAGAGGCCGAGCCUGGGCUUGAUGGGGAGGCGGAUGGGGUGGAUGCUGCGGCGGAGGGGCUUGAGGCGGCAUCCCUGGAGGAUGAGGAGGAGGAUGAGGCAGAUAAGGUGAUGGGAGAUGCUGACGAAUGGAGCGACGCUGGGGAGGAGUGGUGGGCCCCUGGCCGUUAUGAUGGGGAGGAAGUGGAGGAGUGGGUGGCAGGCCAGGAGUAG